UUGAAAGUCAUUGCUAUCGAUGAACAUCUGAGAGUCAUUUAUGAGGAUAAUGUUCAUUUUGAUAAGGACCUUCCAGAAUUUAAGACUCAAGGUGGAGUCUAUAUUCACAGUGACAGGCUGACAGUCACUUCUCCUGUGCUAAUGUGGGUCAAGGCCCUGGAUAUGAUCUUGGAAAAAAUGAAGUCUUCAGGCUUUAACUUCUCUCAAGUCAGAGCUUUGUCUGGUGCUGGCCAGCAACAUGGGAGUGUGUACUGGAAAAAAGGAAGCCUCCAAAUUUUAAAGAAUGCAUCAUCUGAACUGCCUUUACACCAAUUGCUAAAGGGUUGUUUUUCAGUCAGUAACAGUCCCAUCUGGAUGGAUUCCAGCACAACUUCCCAGUGUGGUAUGCUGGAGAAAGCCGUGGGGGGAGCCCAGCACCUGGCAAGGAUCACUGGUUCCCGGGCAUAUGAGCGUUUUACAGGAAACCAGAUAGCAAAGAUUUACAGCCAGAAUCCUGAGGUCUACAAGCAAACUGAGAGAAUCUCUUUGGUUAGUAGCUUUGCAGCUUCCCUUUUCCUAGGAGCUUAUGCACCCAUUGAUUACAGUGAUGGUUCUGGUAUGAACUUGCUGCAGAUUUGGGAAAAGGUAUGGUCAAAGUCCUGCCUUGAUGCUUGUGCACCUGGAUUAGAGGAGAGACUAGGAUGCCCUGUACCAUCCCAUUCAGUCCUGGGGCCCAUUUCUUCAUAUUAUAGUCAGCGUUAUGGGUUUAGCCCAGACUGUAAAAUAGUAGCAUUUACAGGAGACAAUCCAGCAUCAUUGGCAGGGAUGAGACUUCAAGAAGGAGAUAUUGCAAUUAGCCUUGGCACAAGUGACACAUUGUUUCUGUGGAUCCAAGAGCCAACUCCUGCCCUAGAAGGUCAUAUCCUCUGCAAUCCAGUUGAUUCUCAAACAUAUAUGGCACUUUUAUGCUUCAAGAAUGGUUCACUGAUGAGAGAGAGGAUCAGAGAUAGCUGUGCUUCAGGCUCCUGGGAUGAAUUCUCCAAAGCCUUAUCAUCUACUGUUGCUGGAAACAAUGGAAACUUGGGUUUCUACUUUGAUGUGAUGGAAAUUACUCCUGAAGCAGUUGGGAUUCACAGAUUCAACAGAGACAACCAAAAGGUUUCAGCCUUUCCAAAGGAAGUGGAAAUACGAGCUUUGAUUGAAGGGCAGUUCAUGGCCAAAAGAAUUCAUGCUGAAAAGCUGGGAUAUAAAGUCUUGCCUAGAACAAGGAUUUUGGCUACUGGUGGCGCAUCCCACAAUAAAAAGAUCUUACAGGUCCUGUCUGAUGUGUUCAACGCGCCGGUGUACACCAUCGAUACCGCCAACUCUGCUUGUUUAGGAAGUGCUUACAGAGCAAUUCAUGGACUUGUAGCUGAGAGGAAUGUGUCUUUGGCUGAUGUUGUGAAAUUAGCACCAGAGCCUAGAUUGGCUGUUACACCCACUGCUGGGGCUGAGGAGCUCUAUCGUCCACUUCUGAGAAGAUAUGCUGAGCUUGAACAGAAGGUUAUCUGCAACUCAGCCUCUUCUUGUCUUGCAAAAUAGAAGCAAACAAAAUUUAUAUGUCGUCUGACUGGACUCCCAAGGAGAAGAUCAGAACAGAUUUGCUUAGAAUUUACUGGAGUUCUUUAAAUCAUUUUUGUUCCUCUUUGUAGACACAUAAUUUUUAAAUGUCUGUGUUUGAGUGUGUUGGUGGGAAAAAUUAAAUUGUGAUUGAAAACCUGAUUAAAAAAAGCAUCA